UUCGGUCAGUUGUUCGCUGGGUCGUUCGUUUAGUUGUUCGUUUAGUUGGAUGUCGCUCGGGGGCAACCGGCUGCGUCGUCGCUGGUCUGGGUUUCUUCGUCGCCCGCACCACCACGUCCGAUCCAACCCUUCACCCUUCAUCAGCCAGCCGAUUCCCGGCCAACAUCGGUCCAGCCCCAGCCGGCCCUGGUCCAGCCCAUCCACCCAGCUCUUAGCCACCGGCUCUCGCCUCAUCUGCUCGUCUCGUCACCCGCUGCCCGAAACGGUCCAAGAUGCCGUCGCCAGCCGCUUCUGCGCUGACGCCCUCGAUGAUGCAGGUUAACAUCCGUCGGCUGCUCCUCAAGUGCGACGAGAUGGUGGCCGGCAAGACAAGCGACUCUCUGUUGGACAACGAGCGGGUCCGAAUCGAAUCGAACAUCCAAUAUCUCCAGGCGCUGCUGUCGCAACUCCAGGCCUCAUCACUAUCGAAGCUGUCCAGCAGUCGCUGUGAUCUCGAUGCAGACCGCCUGCUUCAGCACCACGGCAACACCGUCGACGACACCACCAUCGCCAAAUAUCGCGGGCGAGUACAAGCUCUUGCCGAUCUGAUGGACGAUAUGAAGAAGAUAACCUUUAUCGAAACGCAUCCGCAUCCACCAGGCGAGGACUCGAUCGAAGCCAAUCUGAUUGUGCAGCAUCGCCGCAACCACGAGCUCGAAGAGCGGGAGGCUCUGCUCGGCGAGUGCCCUCAGACUGGCCCGAAUGCAGCCUCAGCGGCUCUGUCAGUCGAGCCACCAUCCAAAGUCGAGGGACAGCUGUCGAGCACAGCCACGCCCGCAAGAGCACUACCGACUGCUGCUCCGGCAGCAGCAGCCAGCGAGUUUCGGAAUCGAAGGGCAAACAACCGAAGCCUGCUCAUCCCCGAAGCGACUGCAAGUGCAGCCAAAGCCAAGGCCGACCCGGGAUCUGUCCAGCCAGACACCAAGCUGGUCCUGCAGCAACAGCGUGAGGAGCAGGAGAAGCUGACCGACGACCUGAACACUCUGGCUGCCAACCUCAAGGAGAACACGCUGCUCUUUGGCGAAUAUCUCAAGCGAGACGAGAAGGUGAUGAACGAGACGGCCCAGGCCCUCGAUGCCAACGUGGUUCGCAUCCAGGCCGAAAACAAGCGGCUGGCCGAGUUCUCGGCGACGUCCCGGUCAACCUUUUGGCUGAUCUUUUUCGUCGUCAUCUUUGUCGUCGUGACCUUCAUCCUGACGUUUGGCUUCAUGAGGAUAUUCCGGGUUGUCAAGUACUGAGGGGCAAGCACGACGACAACCCCAUCCUGGUGCAGAAUAGAAAUGCUCAUCUGAUCUCAUCUGAUUCGACCCCUCA